CUGAAACUACUGCUCAAGCGCUGUUUAAUGAAUACUUUUGUAAAUAUGGAGUACCAGCAGUUCUUUUAAGUGAUCAAGGAUCACAUUUUCGAAACCAGCUGAUGGAGAAUAUUAAGCAUCUUCUGGGCUAUAAUCACAUCUAUAGUACUCCAUAUCAUCCUCAAACUAACGGUAUUGUUGAACGAUUCAACGCUACGUUUACUCCCCAAAUAGCUAAACUACAAGAUACUCAAGAUAAUAAUUGGGAUGAGUACCUACAGGCGGUUGUUUUUGCCUACAAUACCGGUAUUCAUAAGACAACAAAAUACUCACCUUACGAGUUAGUAUAUGGUCGAUUAUCUCGUUUACCUAUUAAUAUACGACCAUCAUACUUUUCAUUUGCUAAACCGAAUGAUUAUUUUGAGCAGUUAAAAAGGACUUUGCGCAUUUAUCACCAAGCAGCAAGAUACCAUAUAAUUUUGCAACAACAAUGUAAUAAAAAUAUGUAUGAUCGUAAUCGUCUGAAUCCACAGUAUAAAAUUGGUGAUAAAGUAUUAACUCGAAUUCAUGGUAAUCGAGGAAAAUUAGACUCGAAAUUUUCACCUAUACCGAAGGUGAUAACUCAAGUAUAUCAUCCAAUAUAUGAAGUUCGAGAUGAAGAAAAUCAUGUCUAUUCGCAGGUACAUGUUGCGGAUCUUCGACCUAUUCUAAUUGCCUAA